AUGCCAAAGGAGCGAUGGUUUGGGUUUAUUAAGGACUAUGAGGGGGGCACUUUGAUGGAGUGCAGGAUAUCCCCUAAGGUCGACUACCUGCGUUUGUUUGCAAUCCUAAACGAGCAGCAGGAGGCAGUGCAGCGAGCUAUCUUGCGGCUGAAGCCCCCUCGGGUCUUCCCUGGUCUUACUUGCUGGCAGAAAGACCCCACGCGGGUGCUGCAUCCUUCUCAAGUGCCAGGGGUAGUGGAAUACGGCUGGACUCCGCAGGCAGCAGCAGAUGCAGCAGGCGAAGGAGCAGCAGCAGCGCGACCACUGCACGAACAAAUCGUGCAAGUCCUCGAUAUCUUAGCCCGACACCACAGCGCAUGGCCGUUUCAUAAACCCGUUGCAAAAGAUGAAGCCCCCGACUACUAUGAAAUCAUCGCACAACCCACAGAUAUCUCCACCAUGAAGAAAAAAGCCAAAAAGUUGGUGGCACAACGCACAUGGGCUGUGUGCUGCUGCAACAUCUGCGUGUGUGUGAUGGGGAAAAAUUCAUUUGGCCUAAGGCCCUACAAAUCCAAGACACCCAGGAACCCGCAGGAGCCCCAGCAUCAGCAGCAGCACCAGCAGCAGCAGCAGCCGACGCCUUGCGGUGAUACGUUCGCGAUAUGCAGCACCAACAGCAGCUACUGUUGCACUAGCAGCAGCACCAGCAGCAGUAGCAGCAGACGCCUUGCGGCUAUACGCUCGGGGUAUGCGGCAGCAACAGCGGCUACUGCAGCAGCAGCAGCAGCAGUAGCAGCAGAAGCCUUGCGCUGCUACGCGCGGGAGGUGCAGAUGCAGCAACGACAGCUGCAGCAGCUGCUGCUGCGUCGUUGGAGCCGCCAGUGGGAGCGUCUGCAGAAGCUGGAGCUUCUCGAUUAG